AUGGUUAAUGCGAAAGAACCGACUACUGAAAGUGCAUUAUCUUCAGAGACGGAAGAAGACGAACGACUGAUUGGUUUCUUGAAUAAAAUGGAACAUGAAUCAUCUAUAAUACCUCUGAAAAAUACUGUAAUAACUCAAAAAUACGAAGAAAUAGAGACACAUACUGAAGCUACAGUUAAUACAGAGUCGGGCGUUUGGCAAGAAUUCACGUGGCCUCGUGACCGAUUUAAACCAACAGAAAUUGAGGAAACCUAUGAAAAAGUUGCUGAAAUUGGCGAAGCAGAGCCUAAUCAGUUGCUUGAAAUUGCAACCAAAGCUAUCCAAGAAGCGGAAGAAGUAUUGCAAAACGUAGAGCAUGUAGAUAUAAAUAAGGAAGUUAAUUUUCAAAAUGAGUUAAGUGGUUUAGAGUACGAAAAAGUUAAUAAAAUUCUAACUGAUGCAACUCCAAGUGAAAUAGUGUACACUAAUGAAGAAGUAUACUCUGAGAUAAUAACUGAAUUUGGAGCAGAUAGAUUUUCCGAGCAAACUGUUGUACAAAGUAUGAAUGAACCAUCAGAAAUUCAGAUGGUACCAAAUGUUGAAGAAAUAUCACCUGAAAGUGCUAAGACUAAAAAUUAUCCACAAGAGUUUACUGAAGAAAUUUCUCCCCAAACUAUUGCAAUUAAAAACUAUCCCGAAGAAUCUCCUACAGAAAAGCUUCCCGAAAUUGUUCAAGCAAACUAUCCAUCUCCUGAGACUAUACAAACUCAGAACUAUCUACAAGAGUCAACUGAAAAAAUAUUUCCUCAAACAGUUACUAUUCAACAAUAUUCCAAUGAACCUUCUGGAAACAUAUUUACCGAAACUGCAAGAACUCAAAACUAUACAAAAGAAACCGAGAUUCAUCAAACAAAUGAAAAAUUUGGAUUUCAAUGGUCACAUGAAAGAUUCAAACCACCACCUCCAGUUCAAGAUAAAUUAGCCCAAAAUGCAACAAAAGUACUCAAAGAAGUGCAAAUUGCCCUAAAAGAAGUGGAAUCUAAAAGACCUGAGUCUCCUCAUGUGAAGCAACUAGAAAAUGUGUUGGACGCUUUAGAAAAGUUUGAAGAGAUAAACAGGGACAGUUACAAAGAAGCUGUCCAAAAUCAGUCGGAAACCAUCAACAAAGAGGUUGACAAUAUGAUGACAAAAAUUCGAGAAUUAUCAACCGAAAAUAUGUUAUUUUCAGAAACCAUCGAACCAAAAGAAACCAGGUUGCAAGAGAACGAAAAAAUCUCGAAAGCACCGAAGGCUCCAACACCGGCGCAGACUAGUCAUCAAGAAACGCCAUCACUGAAUGAAGAAAUUACCACCCCUCACCAUCUCAAUGAAUAUGCUCAAAACAGUCAAACGGGCAUUUGGAAAAAGUUUACUUGGCCUUUUCACAAAAAGGAGAACAAUUUGGAACAGCAAAAUCUUGAGGUAACGGAAAACGUAACUGGAACAGUUUCUACAGCGAAAGGAGAUGCAAUGCAAGAACUUGAAGGUGUCCUAAAUGCAUUAAAAAAUUACGAAGAACAGACGAGUACAGAUCUUGGAAAAAUGAGUUCUUUGAGUGAAAAUUUAUUAGAAAUUUUUUUUAACGAUGUUACUCUUGCUGUAACAAAAAUUCAAGAAAUGACUCCAAACUUUAAAACUAUUGGAGAGGAAGUAAUCGAAAACGGAACUAAAGCAGUGGACUAUCAAGAAGAUUAUAGGCAAAUGUCCCAAGAAGAUUAUGGCUGGAUAACACAAAAUAAACCUUCAAUGUCUUCUGUUACGCUACCAACUGUAACGAGAAGUGAACUGUAUAGUUAUACUCCUAAAGAACACAAAAUUGCCCCAGAGAAGUAUCCAAAAAACGAUGGGAUGCUCCCUUUUGAAGUGCCAAAAGUGGAAGAAAGCGAAAAGUACACAUAUGCUUUUGAAGAACAAACAAAUGCACAAGAAGAAUAUUCUGGAAAUAAGGAAUAUUAUGUUACGGAGAGUAGUAACCCAAAAGAUUCCAUUAUUGAAGAAAUCGACAAAUUAAUUAAAACAGUUUCGGAAGAAAUGCUCAUUAAUGGAUUGCCAAAUACGGAAGAAAGGCAUAAGAAAAUUGAAGAAGAAGAAAAAUUAUCAACUCAUCAUCAUGGUACAGCAUUCACACCUACAAGACAGAAAGAAACCACAAAAAUGCAAAACAAACAAGUGUUCCAACACAUGAUGAAACUCCCAUUUGAAAUCCUCGUAACCGAAGAAAAUCUAGAAGAAAUGAAAACAACCCAGAAAGUAACCGUUUUGGCGGGAGGAAAAUUAGUGUCUAAAGUGUACAAAAAAACGAAACUUCCAACUACUAAUGGACCUCAGCAAUUGGAAAAUAUUAACAUAACAUCAAAGAAAAUGGAUAAAAUAGAUGAAGAAAAAAACACGGAAGAAGAAACAAUUGCUACUGGCACUGAAGCUGCUGGAAGUGCAAAUGUAGAACACACUGAAGCUUUAGAAGGUAAAGAAGAACUGACGGAAAAAAAAACAGCUGCUACAAGCACUGAAGCUAGUGAAAGUGAUAAUGCAAAACAAACUCAAGCUCCAAAAGGUGAAGAAGAAAAAAAAGAGAAAGAAACGGUGAAGAAGACAAAACGGAAAAAAAGACGGCAGCAACUGGCACUGAAACUGGAGAAGACUGAAGCUGGUGAAGGUACUAAUAUAAAACAAACUGAAGCUGGAACAGCUGAAGAAGAAAAGACGGAAGAAGUAACGGCUGCUACUGGCACUGAAGCUGAAGGAAGUGCUAAUGUAGAACAAACUGAAGCUGCAAAGAGUAAAGAGGAAACAAGAGCUACUGGAACUGAAGCUGGUGGAGAUGCUAAUGUAGAACAAACUGAAGCUGCGACAGGGGAAGAAGAAAAGACCGAAGAAGGAGUAUCCGCUACUGGCCUUGAAGUUGGUGAAAAUGCUAACCUUGAACAAAAUGAAGUAAUGGCAUCUGAAGCAGACACUGAAGAACAUUUUGCAACUACUAGUUCUGAACUUGCUGAAAAACAACUUCAUACCGCCACAAUACACGAAAACAAUGUGUUAUUAGAAAAGAGAAAAACUGAAAACAGGCUUGAAACAACUACAGUGCAUAAACGUAUAGAGCAACUACAUACUACCGAAAAUAAUAAAAUACCACAUGAAGAAUUUGAUCAAAAUGAAAUGGAGCAUUUUACGUCAAAAUGUUCUACCUUAUGUGAAAUUUGUGAUGAGAAAAUUUCUGAAAGUUAUAAACCCAAACAUCUUAAAACAACAAAAUAUUUUGAAAAAACCUCAGUUGAAGGAGAGGUAUUAACUACAGUAUUUUCUACUCAAGGAAAUGUAAACCCUACGCAAUAUUCUGAAAAUAAGAAGAGUUCCUUCUUAGAAAUAAAAAAUCUGAAAUCGACAAAAACUACACCAAUUGCAACGAAUUUUUUUGAUAGCGUUGUAACUGGAUCUUCUGAAGAAACUAUUAUAGACAAUAUAGCACUAAAUCAGAGAACAUUAGAGCCGGUUUUGAUAACAGCAACGACACGUAUAGGUACUGAAGAAGUUCUCAUAGAAACUGAAACAACUGUUCAAGAAAAAAUUACUAAUACCAACAUAUUGACCACUUUUAAAAACAUGGAAAAUGAAGAAUUGGAGGGGAAAGUUACUGAAGAAAUAAAAUAUGAUACAACUUCAAACGAAACAGCCAAGGAAUUCGAAAUGUUACAGCACAUUACAGAAUUUCCUUCAAGUUUACAUAAAACUAAAAUUGUAGAAACAUCACCAAAAUUAUUUUCUACAAGUGUUUCCGAGCCGGAAGCAAUUAAGAAACUAACUCAAGAAGUAGAAACGACGCCUAAUUUAAGUUUUUCGAAAAAAGAACUACUCGAAAUGGAACAAAUCACUGAAAAAACAAUUAAAAUAUCUCCUGCAACAAAAAGUUCUAAAGGACUCAAUGUGACAAAAGCUCUGACAUUCAGUACCACUUUCAUGCUCUUGCUGUCUUCUGUUUAUGCCAACCAUACAACUCCCACCAGUACAAUCAACCUAAAAGAAACAACAGUGCCAUCAGUUUACGUCGACUUACCCGUUUUCUUACCCAACGGUACUUCCACAGAAGCACCACCAGAACAUUUCGUGCAAAUCCUAAACAACAAUGUAACAGAAACUUUAAUAUUGUUUAUACAUGGAUCAAAUGAUGAAUCUAUGAAAAAGUUAAACGGAUCUAAAUGGAUACGGCGUUUGGACCAUACUGAAAACAUGGAAGAAACCAAAAAGGUACCAACAUCAGAAAAAGCAACAGAAACCCAAGAAACAGUUCCACUAAGGCAAAUUCAGUUACCAAAAUACGUUUCUUUGGACGAAUGCAAGAAAAUUGAUUUUGAGAAAAACGAUAAAUGUUUUUGCUCUAUCGAUAGUCUACUGACGAAUUUGAAACAAAAAGGUGGUUCGGAACAUAUCGGGUGUCAAAAUUUCCUAAAAGUUGAUAAUGGUGUAGUAAUAGGAAAUGAUUCCGUUCCUCACGUUAGGAAAAAAAGAAGUUACUGGUUUGGUAAAUACGACCUACCGAUCAAGAGAGAAGUUAUUGAUUAUAGUAAAGGAUUUUUCGAUGAGGAAUUUAAGAUUCACAACACCAUAACACAAAUUUACGCAUUGACGGAUACUAAGGUUGUUAUACCUUGUGUAACUAAAAAUGAAGUAGUUGAACACGACCGAUAUAUGAAAUAUACUUGGACUUUUGAUGAUGAUUUACCAAUUACUGAUAACCAGAUUCAGGAGAAUGAAGGAAAUUUAGUUCUAGAAGAUGUUUUGCCAAAAGACAGUGGUAAUUACACUUGCACAGUAAAAUCACGCUUAAAUGAAAAAAAUAACGUGGAAGAAAAGUACCAUCAUGGGUUGGUUGUAGUUUCAACGCCCAUUUAUAAAGUCACAACUAGUAUCAUGUAUGACUUGAAAGAACCAUGCGAAUUGAGUGAUGGUGAUGUAAUUUCACUUUAUUUACCCAACAUCCUCAACGGGUUACUUUGUGGAUACCAUGAAAAAAUGUGCAAGGUUGAAGUGAGACGUCCUAUAUGUGUCAAUCGAGAAGAAGAAAAACUACUCAAUGUUACAUUCACUGUCACCAUGAUGACUCUUAAAGAAAUCGUCCCAUCAAUAAAUGCCAACUCUUGUAAUCUCAAUUGUCAAAUUGAAAUGUACUCAAAACUUGCUGCAAUUCUUGUAAAAAAUAUCGAGACAUUUGUUAAACUUCCAGUUUUUUCCAAACUGUCUCUGAAGGAGCAGGACUUCAGUCCUAAAAAAAUUGCUUCCUUGAAACACAAAGAAAAAGGUCGAUGGUCAAAACCUCCAGUUUUGAUCGUGACAUGUCCUUCCGGUUUCGGAGUCGAGAAAAAAGAACCAAGGAUUUGUGUGGUAUGUCCUAAAAACACCUACAAUGUGGGCUUAGAAUCGUACUGCAAAAUGUGCCCACCUGGGCAGUACCAACCCGUUGCUGGGUCAAAAUCGUGUAUAGCUUGUUCCUCUCCUUUAGAAAAUAAGGCUUGUCUGCGAGUCUUGUAUGCGAAUAGUGAAUACUUUAAGAUAUAUGUAGGAGCAGCGUUUGGACUCGUAGUUUUCAUUUUGGUUUUGAUUUGUUACUGUACGAGAAAUAGUACUCCGGAAUCGAUGACUGAGGGGAGAAGGCACGAUUAUGUUUAUGCCAUGUUAAGGAAAGGAGCAGAUGUUGAAAAGGGGGUGAAUGAGCCUCUGCUAAAGAAAGAUACGAGAACUAUGCGUGGUGUGCCGCCACAAAUACCGCCGCCUGAUUUUUAGGUUAUAGAUAUUCUUUAGUUAUUAUUUUUAAGAUUUGUCAAUAAAUCAUCAUUUUACACGAAA